AUGCCAGGCUUCAUCCUAUUCCGUGAGCCGUAUGGCCCACAUCCGCUGCAGACGAUGGACAUCCAUCUCCCAUCGUACAAACUGCGCUCCCUACACGACAAGAAGUGGAUUAUUUUCAUCCACGGCGGCGCUUGGCGUGAUCCUUCGAACUCGAAAGCGGAUGCAACUCGUCUUCUGCAUGCCAUUAUUCAUACUCCCAAUAAUACUACCCUCUGUGGAGCUACGCUAAAUUAUCGAUUAUCUCCGUCUGAUCGAGAACCGGGGAAUAAUGCUCGUCACCCCGAUCAUAUUGCCGAUAUCCUUACGGGAAUUACGUUCCUUCAACAGAAAUAUCAGUUUGGGAGGAAUUAUAUUUUAGUUGGACAUUCUGCUGGUGCAACUUUGGCUUUACAGUCUCUACGGUCGAUAUAUAAUGGCAGGAAUAUUGAUUCUGCUAUCCCAUCGGCUGUACCAUUUCUUCCAGGAGGACUUCCCAGAGCUGUUGUGUGUACGGAGGGUAUAUACAACUUGCUGGAUUUGGUCGACGAGUAUCCACAUUAUACUUCCUUUGUCGAGAAUGCUUUUGGACCACCAUCGCGAGUCUGGUUCGAUGCUAGCCCUACUUGUUUACCGGGGUGGAAGAGCGAGUAUGAUGGCAGAAUUGUGAUUCUGCAAAGCACGGACGACGAACUUCUAUCCCUCAGGCAGGCGACAGGGUUUGUGAAGGCUUUGGAGGCGGAAGGAGUUAAUGUUGACGUCGAGAUUGUCGGAGGAAGGCAUGAUGAUGUUUUCAAAGGAGAGGAGCUAGUUGUGGUUGUUAAGAAAGUGCUUGGAGAGAUGAAUAUGGACAUGAAGGAAUUGGCAGCUGCAUUGGAUUUCUGA